AUGUUGGUGAUUGGAUUAACUGGAGGAAUAGCAUGCGGAAAAUCAACUGUUUCCAGUAGAUUUAGGGACCACUAUAGAAUACCAGUGGUAGACGCUGAUGCGAUAGCAAGACAAAUUUUAGAUCCUGGUGAAAAUGCUUACAAAAGAGUGGUUAGAUAUUUCUCGAAUAAAGUGAACAAUUUAGUGUUGCCUGAUGGUAGCAUUAACAGACCAGCUUUAGGUGCAUACAUAUUUUCGAAUCCUGAAGAGCGUAAAGUUUUAAAUGGAAUUACUCAUCCAGAAGUAAGACACACUAUUCUAUUAAAGAUUCUGACCCAUUAUCUUAAAUUUCAUUCAAUGUGCAUAUUAGAUGUGCCCCUUCUUUUCGAAGCUAAUUUGGACAUAAUAUGCGGACUUACAGUUAGCGUUGUUUGUAGCCGAGAAAUCCAAUUAAAGAGGUUAUUGGAAAGGAAUCCAGAAUUGACAAAAGAACAAGCGCUGGCUCGCAUUGACUCACAAAUGAACAUUGAUGAUCGCAUAGCUCGAUCAGAUUAUAUCAUCGAUAAUAACGGUGAUAUAAGGGAACUUUACGGGAAUAUUGAAGGUUUAUUGGCGUACAUUAAACCAUCUUCCGUAACAGUGUGGUUAGAAUACUUUCCACCAUAUGGAUUUAUAGCAGCCUUAUCAGUAAUCUUAUCAAGGUAUCUGAAACAACGGUGGCCGGCUAAAUUUGUUAAUAACCGUUCGAAUAAUAAUGAUAAUAAAGGGAAAAACGAGGACAACAAAGAAGAAGAUCGCAACGUGCCAGAACAUAGUCACCGUGAAAUGGAGCUAAAUCCAAAUGAUAGUACUGCAAAGUUGGUAUCAAUAAAGCAGGAAAAUGUAAAGCCAAAAACAACAACUAGUGUUUUGAAUGGAAACAGCGAUUCGACGGAAUUAAACACUCGGAAGAGAAGAGGAAGUAAUAUAAAAGUUCUCCAUCAUAGCAAAUAA